AUGAUUUGGAAAUGCCUGGAGAUAUGGUCAUUGCCGAGAACAGAUGAGAGGAGGUUGGUGUUGACGCGGCGAUUAGGUGAAGCCCCAUCUGAUCCCACCGCCUCAUCUCUCUUCCUCCACUCAGACUGUCGUUCUAACUUGUCUUUCGAUCUUUCUUCUUCGGACCAAUUCUCCGUCUCCUUCCAACUUUCUCCCUGUAAUCCAUGUUCGUCUUCUUUACCCAAGAAUCAAUUUGUACCGGCUUGGUUCCAUCAAAAUUCGAUCCCUCACCACAAAUUCUAUUUCCCAAAUUUGAAACCGACCACGAAUUUUCAUUCAAUAGCUUCCGACUUCAAACUUUUGAAUACCGUCGUCGCUCAAAGAACUACUCAACAUGUCGAUACCGUCGUCGCUCAAAAACUUCACACUAAUCAUCACAUGUUCAGUAAAAUAUAUGGAAAAGUAAUGGUUGCAAGAAAGGUAAAGUUUCGGGGUGAAGUUCAAGGAACAAUUAUUUAAACUGAUUCAGCAAUUAGAAAAUUCCAAGGCACACUUUAUCCGAUGCAUAAGACCAAACACCAAGCAACUUCGUAGAAUGUAUGAAAAUGAUUUUGUAUUACAACAACUUAGAUGCAGUAGAGUCAUGGAGAUUGUACAAAUCUUAAAAUCCAGAUACUCGAUACGUGUAACGUCUGCGUUUCCAGGCUAAGCAUUAUCAUUGAUGUAAUAGUCUAGGUUAACCAAUGUAACUCUUUUUAAAGUAUUAAUG